CUGAAGGUGAAAGCAGGAUGAGGGUUUGGAAGCCCUUGCCUAGAAGGAGGCAGUUUUUUGAGACAGCGUAGGACAGCGCAAACCUCCAGGAUCACAGGGCUGCAGUCUUCUCCUUUCGGAGACCCCCUUGCAGAGAAGAGCGAAACCAGGGGCGGGGUGGGGGUGGUAGUGGUCUCUUCCGGUUCUUGAAGAGAGCGUCCCUUAGGCAGGAGGGACGGGUCUUGGAGCACUCAAUCUCCAGGCUUGGGAGGCCCCCAGCAAUUCGGACGCGGAGGGCUAGGCCGCCACCGCGAGCCCAGUCGCCCGAUACGCGCCUUGGGGUCCGGGUCGGCUUUCCCCCGGACCCCUGGCCGGAAACUGAGCCGUUUACUUCCGCCACCAGCCGGAAGUUUUCUGUCACUGGACGCCAGGGAGUUUUCGGUGGCUCAGCUGGGUAACCGGGGCUCACCAUGGCGGCCUCAUUGGUGGGGAAGAAGAUCGUGUUUGUCACGGGGAACGCCAAGAAGCUGGAGGAGGUCAUUCAGAUUCUAGGAGAUAAGUUUCCAUGCACUUUGGUGGCACAGAAAAUUGACCUGCCGGAGUACCAGGGGGAGCCGGAUGAGAUUUCCAUACAGAAAUGUCAGGAGGCAGCUCGCCAGGUACAGGGGCCCGUGCUGGUUGAGGACACCUGUCUGUGCUACAACGCCCUUGGAGGGCUCCCCGGCCCCUACAUGGAUGCCCUGAGCCCUCACUGCCCACCCGCAGGUCUCCACCAGCUCCUGGCUGGGUUCGAGGACAAGUCAGCCUACGCGCUCUGCACGUUUGCACUCAGCACCGGGGACCCAAGCCAGCCCGUGCGCCUGUUCAGGGGCCGGACCUCGGGCCAGAUCGUGGCACCCAGAGGCUGCCGGGACUUUGGCUGGGACCCCUGCUUUCAGCCUGAUGGAUAUGAGCAGACGUACGCAGAGAUGCCUAAGGCGGAGAAGAACGCUGUCUCCCAUCGCUUCCGGGCCCUGCUGGAGCUGCAGGAGUACUUUGGCAGCUUGACUUCUGCGGCUGGGGGAGGCCCCUCAGGCCGGGGAUCUGGGGAGGGCUAGCCUGAAACCUCCCGCAUCAGGCAGGCACCCCUGGAAGUACUUCCUUCAGGGUUUCCCCUUCCUGGGGGUGUCGAGUAGCCUCACCAGCCUGUCUGGAGGAGCAGCUGGCUCUGCUCUGAGAAACUCUGGGCAAGUGGAUGCCAUUCUCUUGCCCUUAGGAUUCACUGCUCUCUCCUACAACCUCCAGGCCUGGGAUCCUGCAAGGACCUUGGGUGGUAAAGCUGGACUUGGUGGAAGUGAGGGCUUGGGGAGGAACCAUGCAAAUCACCUCCCAUGUUUUUUAAAUGCAAUAAAUAACACUUCUGGAUGAGACUUGUUUCCAAAAUAAACCAGCUAUAUCUGUUUUGAA